AUGUUACUAGCUAUAAUUAUAAUUUUCAUCAAUUGUUUUCUUAAUUCAUUAUCAGCUGUUGAAUUACAUAUACAUAAAAGUGUUACUGAAAUUCGAGAGAAUUACAAAGGUCAUGGUAAUAUAUAUAAUCAUUUAUUUUCAAAUAGUGAAUAUGAAAAUAUAAUUGAUGGAUCUAUUAGUUGGAAUGGAACAUCAUUUAUUAAACAAGAAUUAUAUAAUACAGAUGAUACACUUAAGGAUGCUUUUGUUAUAGUUAAACAAUUGAGUGCAUGUGAUUGUAAAAUAAUUCAAGCAAAAAUUAUUGAUCCUCAGACUAUGUUACUUGAAAAUUUAGAGACAGGCACUUAUUUCUAUGCUGAUAAACAUUCGAUCGAAUAUAAAUAUAAACGACCAAGUAAAAGUGGUGUUACAUUAGCAUUUCAUUUUCAUAAUACAAAAACAAAUUAUAAUGGAACUUUAGCAUAUUUAAUAAAAGGCAUAACAUGGUUACCAAAUUAUGAUUUAUCAAUUACAAAUUUCGACACUUGUAGUCUUCGAGGUUAUGCUGUUAUUCGUAAUAAUCAACAACAAGAAUAUGAAGUAAAUAAUACUUAUUUAUAUAGUGGUGAUAUUCAACUUGUCAAGAAUCCUUCGUUAACAAUAUAUCCAAGAUAUAAUUCAAGUUCAGAUUCUAUUGAAUUUAAUAAUGAAGAAAAAGGUUUUUAUUCUUAUUCAUUUAAAGUUCCGUAUACAUUACGUUCAUUGAGUUCAGUCCGUUUACCAUUUAUAAAUAUUACUCCUCAAUGUCAAUUUUAUUAUAAAGCAAUAACAAGUAUUCAUACUGGACAAUAUAAAGGUGUUUUUCAACGUUAUUAUGAUUUAAUAUCUAAUCAAUUUUUACCAGCUGGUAUUUUAACUAUUCGAGAUAAUCAAGUAUUAAUUGGACAAUCGAAUUUACCUGAUUUGCCAGAAAAUUAUACACAUACAAUCACUCUUGGUCAAGAUUCUGAUAUUCGUUAUUCAAUAAAAAGUAAUUUAAUAUCAUCAAAUGAAGUACAAACAAAAGAUAAAUCACGUACAUAUUCUCUUGAUAUUACUAUAUCGAAUUUUAAAAAUAAGGAAAUUACCGGUCAACUUGAAUUUCAUGGAACUAGUCAUAUAAGUCUUAGUGAAUCAACAUGUUUAUCAGGAAAAACUGAUGGAAAUGCAUAUAUUUUGUUAUUAAAAUUAUAA